GUAGCAAGCAAGCAAGCAGACUCUCGGAACUUGGGAACUGUGGAACACGGUGUACAGUAAGUAAAAGAACGCCGCCAAGAACGAACGUAGGUCUGCUGAAGUCGUGUGGCAGCGCGUGUGUUACACUUUUCCCCAACAAGUUUUUUUGGUGUGAUACCCCCCAGUAGAGUUCAAUAGUGACUUCCCCUCGAAAAAACGGAACAGUGCGCUGUCUUCCGGAUUGAAAAAGCUUUGUGACCCAAAUAUCUUGGCUUGUUGCCCAGCAGGAGUGUGCUUCGUGUUGCGCAGUAGGAAAGCUAAGUUUGAUUAUACUGAGUGUGAAAUUGGUUACCGGAAAAAGAAAGGAUGUAAAGAGAGAACGCCCAUUCCGACUGAUUUUCGUUUUUGAAUUUGAAUGCUCCAUACAUACUACUCAAAGUGCAAUAUUUUCUAAGAUAUAGGAUUAAGCUAACAAGUUUGUAAGAAUAAGUAAGGAUUGUGUCCGCAGUUUGGAUCUGCUUGCUCUGUGUGAAAAAGGUGCACGUUAUACUCGGAGUUUAGUGUGAAGAUGGCCUGUUAAAGUACUAAGCACAGUGAACAGUGGAACCAAUUAUUUUUCCGAUCACGAAUGGAAUUGAAUAAUAAGUGUUAUGCCCAUUGUGAAAAAAGCGCUCUGACAGCAACUGAAAAGUGACAGCAUUUAGCACACACAGACGAACGUGUACGCAACGCCGCUCGUUCGCGAAAUUGGAUUACUUCUAUCGGCUGAUCCCGAACAUCAUCAACUACCACAAUGCCGAAGCCAAAACGAUUGAUCAAGGACUGGAUUCAUCUCGAGCGGCUGCUCGAGCCUAUGCCACUGAAGGAACGCUGGCUGUGGCUGCUCGAGUCCCAGGAACACGGUGCCGGCACCGAUGGCAGCGGCACGGGGGCCGGUUCCGGCAGUGAACCGCUGUCGCUUGUAGCGCGCGACAAGGAACCGAAGGAAGCGACAGUGCGCGACAUCUUCGGCGAAGAGAAUCGCCUCAGCCCGCCCUGCCGAGAGAGUUCAUCCUCACCAUCGUCAUCGUCAUCCACAAAUCUCGCGGCCACCGCCGCCAAAAUAGCAGCCGCCCACAGCAGCGGCAGCAGCAGCAUCAUCAGAAGUCCAACUCCGACGGCACCAAGUUCACCGCAAUCCGUUCCGCUCUGUCUCCAGCGGACCAUCGCCAAAGAACACCAACAGCAGCAGCAGCAGCAGCAUGAGCGGGAAACUGCUUCCAGUACGACCAGCAUCAGCAUCCCAGCCGGGCGUCGCUUUUUUCCCGGUCGAGACUCAGCACCGUACCCUGGUGGUAAUCGGGGACACGUGCUGACGCUAGCGGAGCGUAAAGAUUACCCGCCGAGCAGCAGCAGCCGACCCGUCACUCCACAUCACAAGCCGCCGCUGCUGGAAAAGAAAGCGCCUCCCCACAGUAACAAUGGUCCACCCAUUCGAAACGAUCGAAAUGUGCUAACCGAGGAGAGACCGCUGCUGUCGAUCAAGCCACGGUCUCCUCCACCAAAAGAUCGCGUACCAACUCCUCCACCGGCACCGAACGCAGCGGUGCGAUGCUCCGUCAUUCAGCGGGCUCCAACGGCGGCCGUUUCGCCACGACGACCGAGCCCCGAAAGUAGCCCCAGGGCUGUCGAUUUGAAGGUACGCGCCCCUGAGGUGGAACCGAUGCAGGAACAGCCGAUAGAUUAUCACAUACCAAAACGAAGCGGCGAGGGAGCGAAAGAAGACGAGGAGAAAGAAAAACGCAUGCAAAGGGCCAAACAGGCGGCUAUCCUGCGAAAGCAUUUCUGGAUUCGCGCUCAUCGGUUUGGCAACUUGAAUGGGAUUAUGCAAGCGGCUGCUGGGCAUGGCCGGUCAUCCAGCGGAGGAGGACAAGCUGGUGGUGGCCACAGUGGACACAGCGGCGGUGGAAGCAUCAACUUUUCAUCCGGAUCAGGAAGCCUAGGAGGAGCUAGCGGUGGUGGUGGCGGUGCUGUAGGAGGUGGUGGUGGUUCGAGUGGUGGCAUGGGAGGACGUGAUGGACGGUCCAACUACGGUCCGAACAGUCCUCCAACUGGAUCUCUACCGCCGUUCUACGAAAGUCUGAAGGGUGGCAACGCUGGCCUCAACGGGUACAAUGCGAACGGAGGAUUCCUAAACAGUAACUGGAAUAACAUGGAUUGCGAUACAACGCAGGAUCUCACUAACAUUGGAGCCUACACGGACGCUAACGGGAACAGUAGUAAUCCCUCCAAACAAUACUCGAUGUUGCAAAAUGCCUACGGAAUCGCACUCAAAGACGAGGCUGAUCUGGAUUACGAUUCGAAAAUCGAUUCACUCUCGAAUCUGUACGGAAGCUACGACGUUAACGAUUCCAUGAUGGUUGACAUGAACGGAGUCGGAGUAGAUCCGCUUCAGUUCACUGCAACACUUACCUUCUCCUCACCCGGUGACAACGCUCUGCUCGAUAGCCUCACGGAUGCGGUCGACCUGAGUCACUUCCUCAAUCGGCUACCUUCGGACGAACAUUCCAGCAAUUGUAACGAUCUAGAGCUUACCUCCACACCGUCGCUCACGCCAGACUCCGUUUCGACCUCUCUGCAACAAGUGGAUGGCCACGACGGUUUGGACCAGUAUCCCGAACAUUUACUCCUCUCCCGCAGUUACAACACAAAUUUCAACAACAAUAACACGCACAAAUAUAUGCAACCGCACCAGCAUCAGGAGAACCCGCCUAGCUACCAAUCCGCUCAUCAGUUCCAGGCCCUCAGCAGCUUCGAUCUGGACUCGCACAGUAAUCUCAGCCUUCCAUCUCCCAACAGUAACUCCCUCCAGUCACCAUCCUCUUCGUCCUCGCCACCGUCAUCAUCGUCCUCAUCAGCAGCUGCCGCCGCGGCCGCUGCUGCUGCUGCCGCACUAGCCGCUGGUCUUCCGGCUCACGGUCACCAUUCGGUUGGUGCCCUUGGGGGAGCAGCCGCUGUCGUCGCAGCACCACCGCCAGCCGUCGUCGCCUCCACCAUCCAAAAUGUAAGUCGAUCUUCUUCCACAUCUUCCUCCUCGGCCAGUAGCCGAGUGGCUGGCCGACAAUCGUCGUCGUUUUAUCACGCCAUUUCCUCCUCGCUAACGUCACCGACACCGACGGGCCGGCUCUCGUCCUCAUCGUCGUCAUCGGCAUCCGCACCGACUUCACCGGGCUCUGCAAGUACCCUGUCCUCACUUCCUCUGUCCCCGAUAGUGGCCGAUGUGAAAUUAAAUGUUUUACAGCAAAGGCUCGGUCUCCCGGCGGAAGUCCAGCUUGAGUUCGUCAACGGAGGCCACGGCAUCAAGAACCCGCUGGCCGUCGAGAAUGUACCUGGGCGGUUGCGCGACGAGGACAAACACCACACCAAACUGUUGCAGCAGCAGACCGAGGUCGUCAAGCUGGACGAACCGGGCGAGUGCAGUGGCGGCGGCGGACAGAACCAGAAGUUUUGCUGUCGCAUCUGCCAGAAGACGUUCACCCUGCAGCGGUUGCUGAAUCGGCACAUGAAGUGUCACUCCGAUGUCAAGCGCUACCUGUGUACGUUCUGUGGCAAGGGAUUCAACGACACGUUCGAUCUGAAGCGGCACACCCGGACGCAUACCGGCGUCCGGCCGUACAAGUGCAAUCUCUGCGAGAAGUCGUUCACGCAGCGCUGCUCGCUGGAGUCGCACUGUCUGAAGGUGCACGGAGUGCAGCACCAGUACGCCUACAAGGAACGGCGCACGAAGAUGUACGUGUGCGAGGAGUGUGGCCACACCACCAACGAACCGGAAGUGCAUUACCUCCAUCUGAAGGAUAAGCAUCCGUAUUCGCCGGCGCUGCUCAAAUUCUACGACAAGCGCCACUUCAAGUUUACCAAUUCGCAGUUCGCGAAUAAUCUGCUCGGUUCGUUCCCGAUGCCGGUGCAGAACUGAACAAACAACAGCAGGAGGUGUGUGUGUGAACGCGCGAGAGAGAACAAAAAGACGGUCACUUCCGAGGUGUAGGGGUGAGGUGAGUGAUGACGACGAUCAUGGAAGGAAGGGAAGCCAGUACGCGAUUCCUGUCCUCUGCCGCUAUUUUGAAGAUUAGUAUUAAGAGAAAAAGCGUUUUGAGGAGUUUUAGUUGUUAGGAUUGAACCGUUAGUAGCAGACGAUCGACCGCCGAGCAGGAGGAAGAGGCGAACAGUAGAAGAAACGCAUAAAAAAAGAUAACACUAACAAUUAUUUAUUUGCUGCAAUAUUAUUUUAUAUUAUUACUAAUCGCUUAGCAGGUAAGAUUAGCGAGCAAAGGCAGAAGAGUAUAGAUUAAUCUGAACGUAGGACCAAGAGAGACUGCGGAGGCAAAUCGCGUAUUUUAGGCUGGCAGGAGCAAAUAUCAGUUAUUAGCGGAAACAGUUAAGGCUUUUUAGAGUAGUUUGUUUUAGGAUUUUUUUUUGUUUAUUUUUUCGACCGAAGAAAAAUACGCCCAGCAGAGGAGCGUAUCACUGAAAGAUAACCACGAAAAGAGAAGAAACGUCAGCCUUCAGAAAGAGAGAAAAAAAGGAUUAAAAAACACGUGUGAUGCCGGCCGGAUCUGCAUCGCCGAUUUUGUGUGCUGCGUUGAUCUGCUUCUUUUCGACGACGAACGAAUUCAGAUUUACUUUUAUUGCUAUUUCAAGGGAAAACAUUCUUGAAAUAUGCGCAUGAUUUUAUAGCUUCGAAAAAAAAAAUGUUUCAUUGGUUUGAACGAAGAUUUCUGGAAUAAAAACAAUUUGUUUAACUUUUAAGAUCGUAAUUUUUAAAUUUUUUUUUCAAUCCAAACAAAAAACUGGUAACAAACUGGCGAAAAAGUAUCACGAAGCAGACACGCAUAAUAAUGCACCUUAAAACAGCAUUAUUAAUUUAAAAAAGCACCACAAACUAUGAAAAAAAAAACACAAAACAAAAGUCUGAGUAGAGGUUAACAAACACACAUACAUAAUAAACAAAGAGUAAAUCGAACAAAAAACGACUCGACGGGUGUUUUUGGAACACCGCUUUUUACGUCCUUUUGAGUCACAGAAAAAGUGCAACCUUUCUGGGUUUGCAUAUGCAUUUGCAAAAAUAAUUAACUGCUGCUCCAACCCAAGUUAGCAGAAAACAAAGAAAAAAAAAACAGGAGAGGGACGUGCAAGCAAUUUGUUUUGAUUGAUUGUAUUGGAAAUCAUCAUUUUGCUGCGUUCCUCUUCGGGGUCGGGAAAGCGCUCUGGCCGGGGGUAAAGCGAAAUAAGGAGCAGAACGGAACGGCAUUUGAGGAUAAGCAAGGGAUGACCAAUUUACUCACAGCAAUCAGCAACAUACAAACAAACAAAACACACACACUCAUAAUCGCAAAACAAAUCAAAGUAUAUCGGGGUUUUUUGUGCAAUCACUAUUUUCGGUGUCGGAAUAAUUAGCCUUAGAGUAGUCGAGCGGUAGGAAGAAGAAGAAGCAGCAGCCUAGGGAAUUGAACUGCGCGCGCAGAGAUGAAAAGAAUGAUCUUGAAUAGUUAGAGAAACGGCAGAACAAUAAUCGUAAACGCUAUCAACCCACACACAAUAAUUGCUUUUCGUUAGAAUUUAGUGAGUGAUUCGAAAUAGAUUAAACAACAAAAAAAAAACAGACUAAAGUCAGGUGUCCAAAAACAGGCGCCACAAGAAAAAGAAGAGCAAUAGAAUCAAAAAUUUGCUAGCGGAAAAAAGGAAAAAAAUGAAACCAUCUGUGUUGUAGUGCACAGCCUACUACAAACCGCUGCUAUUAUAUGGUUAUUUUUACACACAACAGACACACACACUUAACUGUAAGGCGUAAACAAUAUGAGUACCUUUUUAUCUAGUUCGUAAGAUGAUUGUUUUUUGCUAAAUUAUGCAUUCCUUUCCGUGCAUUCCUGCGGUGUGCCAAAAAGAUGGCACUCUGUCGCUAAUGCCUCAGUCCAGAUAAAGCAACAAACAAACCGAUGUGUAUUCCCAAUUGUAAAAUAAUCUUGUCCUUCCUCCAGCUAUCUAUCUUCGGCUUAGCAUAAAUCUUUAGACUUUAAAUCCCCCCACAGUCUGUUUUUUCUCCAUCUCUUAAUACUAGAAAUUCCUGUGUAGACGUAAAUUUUAGUAAUUUAAGCAUUUGUUGAUUUGAUUUCCAUUUUCGAACAAAUAUGAAAAACUAGUUAAAUGUUUUCCCUUUCCUAUCUCUACUGUAAGUUUGAAGCGAUAGCAAAAAGUUCUACAACUAUCUGAAUACGUGAAAACAAUCGAUCUUCCAUCCUUUUAAUCUUUAAUCUGUAUAAAUUAUAUCUUUAACAAUAAUUUAGAAAACUAAAGGAAAAAACACGACACGAAUCUCAUGGCUUUAACUCUUUCAUCCUUUUUUAUGUUUGCUGCUUGUUUAUUUGUACCGUUGAAACUCAGUUUAGUAAAGGAACAAAAAAGAAGUAUAAUUAAAGAGGGGAUUAAUUACUCAAACUAAUUAACAUUUAGAAAAAAAAGGAAAAGAAGAAGAAGAAGAAGUCGAAGCUGCGGAAACGCUAGUUGAAAUUGAUAACGAUAAUCUGCUUCAACCUCCCCUCUCCUUUACUCUCCCCCGAAUCGUUGCAUUUAUUAUUCAGUUACUUUAUUAUACAAUAUUAUUAUUAUUAACGACGACGACGAGGACGACGAUCAUGAUGAUGAUGAUGAUAAUUGAUGAUGAGUGUUUGUUCGUUCUUUUUUCUUUCGGCUAAAUCCGACACGGCAAGCAACCGGAAGUGAACAAUUACUAAAAAUAAAAACUCAAAGUUAGUUGUGAAAAAUAAAAUUUAAAACAAAUAA